AUGAACGGCAUCGAAAACGGUCAGACCUUUGACCCGGCAUUUGACGCCUUCUUCCACGCACCUUCUUCCUCAUCGCCCCAUCAUCAACUCCAACAUCAAAAAAUGGCCGACUCACCUGCUUCUAUCUCGCAUCCAGCGAAUCUCGGCACGGCUGACGCCAAUGCUCCAAUCCAUGUCUAUCCGCACGAUUCUGCUACCAUGCGCCCCACCUCUUCCGGAAGCAACCUUCAUCUCAACAUCUCGGGUCUGUCUGUAAAAAGCGAAGGCGAACAGCACCAACAGCACCAACAGUAUCAACAGCACCAACAGCCGCAUCUCGCCAACUCGCUCAACUUUGCUGGCACCGCCGCUUCAUCGCCUCCGUCUAACCUCGCAUCACCAGCAGAUGCAUCGGCGUCCUUCAGCAUAGGCGCCGCCGCUGCCUCUACAUCGCCUCACCUGCAUCCGGAUAGCAUCGCUACAUCAGAUGCUCAUCUCGGCGCGCCCAAUGUCUCCUCACCGCUACGAGCAGAGUACAACAUGAGCACCGAGACGGCUCCGCUCACCGCCGCUAUGCGCUCGUACAGCUCUACAUCGAUCAAGAGUGCCACCGGGUCUCAGAACGCGGAGAGUCCCACUUCGGGUUUUGGCGGCGGCGCUGGCAACCAGAGCGUGGGCGAUGUUUCCGUCGAUGAUCCCAACGUCACCAGCCAGUCGGAUGCCGACCUCGCCGCAGAGAAAAGGCAGAGCAGCAAGUUUGUCUACAAGCUCUUCCGCAUGGUCAGCGACCCAGACUAUCAGCAUCUCAUCAGCUGGAACCGCAAUGGCACCAGUGUCAUGGUCUGCAACUUUGACGAAUUUGCAAAAGAGGUGCUCGGCAAGCACUUUAAGCACAGUAACUUUUCCAGCUUUAUCCGCCAGCUCAACAUGUAUGGCUUCUACAAGGUCAACAAGACGCCGCGCGGUCACCGCCAGUCGGCCGAUGCGCAGAUCUGGGAAUUUUCACACCCCAAGUUCUUGCGUGGCCGACCUGACCUGCUCGACGACAUUCGUAGGAAAGCGUUGGACUCGGAGCACGCUCGUGUCGAAGCGCGAGACUUGCAGUACAGUGUCAGCGUGGGCCAGAUGCAGUUGCGCCAGCAGGUCGACGAGAUGCAGUUCAGGCUCGAAGAGCUCGCCGAGCAAAACAUGGCGCUGCGCACUUUUACCACGCAGCUCAGGGAUGUGUUAGGUAUGGUGCUCGAACACGUCAAGAAGACGAGCGGUGGCAACCUUGGUUUCGAUGUACGUGUCCCUACGCUCGAUAUCCCCUCUCCGAUGCCCCCUCAAGGCUUGUGGACGCCUCAAGGCCACGAUGGCCCACCUAUCUUUGUCACAGAGCCCGAGUUCGGUCCUGGCGUCGGUCCUGGCGGUCUGCGCAUGGGUGCCGGCGCGACACAUCUUUCUCGAGGCAUGCAUGGUACAUCGUCAGCGUUCGGUGUGUCGAUGGAAGGGUACGGCAUGGCGGCUACACCCAUCUCUCGUCGCGUCUCUGUCAGCUCGGCGCACAGCGAAAGUAUGCUCACGAUGAACGGCUCGCCAAUGCAUAGCUCGAUGCAUGGUGACGGUGCCAUGAUGGCCAUGGGUGCCAAUAUGACACCGCAACGGUCAGCUUCGUUUGGUGAGGGGCAGAUGCCACCUCCACAGUUCAACAUCGGACGCGGUGAUGGACCUGGCGCUAACCGUGCCGGCCUCGCUGGAUUGGCCAUCGAUACGUCGGGGGCGACAGCGGGUAUGUUUGCGCCGGGCAUGCAUCCCGGUGUCAGUCCAACAUCGGCAGGGCUCUCUGCUGGCAACGCUGGGCUCGGCGUGAUGAGUAUGCCUCCCUCACCGCUGACGCCGCAACACCAAGCUAUGAUGACUGCUAUCAACACUCCGCUUCCGCCUUCGCCUGCACCAGGGUCGAUGGCCGGUGGCCAGUUCAAGUCGUUUGAAGGGUCGCCCUUCAUCGCUUCGAACGGCUUUGCGCCGCAAUUUGGACAGAACGUAAUAAGCAUGGCCGAUCAGAGCUUUUUCGGACCGGAUGGCAGCGAAGGUCCCAACGCAAAGGCGAUGCGUACGCCGCUGAAGCGUACAGCUUCAAAUUCGGGGCCUAGCGGGCAAAGUACGCCUGUGUUGAUGCAUUCGACGUCGCCAGGUCUCGCCAAGAGAAAGUCACCUGUCUAG